AUGAACGCGUCGCUGGUGUUCGACAUGGUGACGUCGCUGAGUACGAACGACCCGGGGGUGGCUAUCGCUACUCUCCGGAGCAUCGUGGUGCUCGGCAAAGAGUACCCGUCAGAUCUGCUCUAUGCCGAGCUCAUUGAUCGCAUCCAGAGCCACGACGCCAUUGCCUACAGCGACGCAGUGGCCAUCUACGCAGCGUUGGUGUUUGUGUUCGACAAGGCGGCUUCGUGUAGCUGCGAUUUGACUUUCCCGAACCAGUGGGAGCCGCUGGGAACCGCGUUGCAGGAAGUCAGCGGGAACGGACAAGUCGGAGAGGACGGCCUGCCCAAGAAGGACGAGAGCUGGCGCCGGAACUUGCUGGUCGUGCAGUUCUUUAUCUACUGCUUCCAGCAAGAUCUCCAUGCGUGCCGCUCGCGGUAUGAGCGACUGGAAGGGAAGGCGUGGGUGCAGCGAACGCGAUUGUUCGCGCUGUUGCAGAGCGACGGCGCUAGCACAUCGAGCUCUGCCAAAGCUCGCGCCAAAUCGCGCGCCAAGGCCAACAAGAUGCGCAACAACAACUUGAUCUUUCAAGCGAUCGGCUGGGCUCUGCAGCUAUGGAAGCGAGUCUAUGAUGAGGGUGACAAACCCAAGAAGAAAAGCGCCAACGCCGGCGAAGAUGGAGGCGCCACGCUUUUCCUGCAGCGAGAAGGCGAGCAAACGUGUCUGGCCGCAGUUCGCCUGAUCGAGAUGUUAUAUCUGUGCACGGACCAACAGGUCAAUGCGCUGCAGCGGAUCCAGGUUGGUCUCGCGGAGCUCGCCCAGCCGACGCGGGUGAAGUUUUCGCAAACGCUGCAAUCUCCUGCUUUGAGGACGCAGUUGGCGACCACGAUGAUCGGGUUGUCCAACAAGUCGCGCAGCAAGGAGACGGAGUGGUAUGAGUGCAACGCUCUUGGUCGUGUGCAGCUUGCUAUGAACCCAGACACAACGAGUGAUGUUGCGCACACGGACGGCUACUCCUGGUCACACUUCGACAGCUUCACCAACCUAAAGCCGCAGAGUAAUCUCACCAAGCUGCUCCAAGAAAUCUCGCGCAUGCAGCACCACUAG